AUGAAUAACUCUAAUUUUGUUCAAUUUCCUAACCAAGGAAUCCCACCACAGCUCCACCAGGAGAUGCCUAAGGUUCAACUGUUCCAGCAAAUGAUGUACAGGAACCAACCUCAGACCAUGUCGCCGCAGGGAGUCCCACAGUACCAUAGUCCGUUACAGCAUCCGAUGCAUGUGCAGCCACCUCAGCAGCAACAGCAGUUGCGUUACCCUCAACAGGCUCAGUUACAGCAGCUGCAGCAACAGCAGCAACAACUGCCACCACAACAAGUUGUUCAGCCUGCGCAAAAGUUUCAACACCACCUCCAACAGCAGCAGCACCUCCAUCAACUUCAACAACAGCAACAGCAGCAACAGCAACAUCAUCUCCCUCAACACCAGCAGCAACAACUUCAGCAACACCAACACCAACAGCUUCAACAGCAACAGCAGUUGGCUCAGCAGCAGUUAGUCCAGCAACAAGCUCAAGCCCAACAGCAAGCCCAACAGCUUGUAGCACAACAACAGCAGCAACAGCAACAACAGCAACAACAACAGCAACAGCAAAAUCAACAUCAACAAUUGCUGCUGCUGCUGCUGCUGACCAAGCGUUCUAAGAAGAAAGACAACAUUCCUACUGAUCAUGUUAUCGUCCUGACCACUCAAAAGUCUCAGGAUGAGUCCGGUGACGAUGGGGACUCCAAGAGGAAAAGAGGUAGACCAAAGAAGUUGAUUUUGGAUCCUACUACUAACCAAUAUAUUGAUUCUCAACAUUCCAACUUCAAGCACCUUAAUAAGUUAUUAAAGGCUUCCAUAGCUAGAUCCAACUCAUCGACCCCUCAACAACAACCUCAACAACACCACCAGGUUCACCAGGUUCAUGUCCAGAAUCAUGAUGACGUUGGUGACGAGGAAGAGCUUUCUAGCCUUUUAGAUAAGCCAACGUAUCUCAGAACUUUGGAAGAUAACGCGGUACAAAACUUGCUUCAAAAGAAAGACAGAAGAGGCCGUCCAAGAAAAUUCCCCGUUGAGCAAACUGGGGUCACUAUCAAGGGUGUUAGAGUCAACGGUACAAUGAAGCAAAGAAGAAAGAAGGAUGAUGAUAUGUACCAUUCACAACUUGGACGUGUUGUUAAGAGAGAAAGAGGCAGGCCAAAGAAGGUUCAACCCAGCCAAGCUGAAGCCGCCGUGGUCAAUUUAAAUUCGCAGUUGAAAGAGUCUGAAAUGGGAGGUCUUGAGAGAAGUAUGUAUUAA